CACUACCUCAAUGUUACACUUGUCGUCUUCUUCUUUUGUUCCUGUUCUCUUAUGUCUUCCUGGCCUAUUUCUGCCCAAGCAGUGGGUAUACUCCACCCUGUAUUGGUUCUGGUGAUGGCCCAAAUCGUUGUAUUCGGGGCGUCUAAUCAACGCUCCGAAGGACCCUUGAGAAAUGGGAGUCUGUCUGGUGGGGCUUUCAUGGUUUUUGUAGCGUCCUAUAUCCCUCUUCCAUAUCUUGUACAGUUGGCUAGCCACAUCAAUGAAACCAUUCCACUUCUCGUAUCGUCAUUCGCGUACACCACCGCCGUAGUCCCGGCUCGGCUCCUCGCCCAUGCUGUGAUAUUGGAGCCUUCUCGAGUCUCACCCGUUGAACAAGCCGCAAGGAACGGGAGUGCACACGCCUGCUUUUCUCGUUACUCGCGCUUCCUCGCCCCCAAGUCGGACAUGAAUGCAGUCUGCUGAUCAGUUUCACAGGGUGCUAGAGAGCCGUUAGCCCAGGCCUGGAAUCACCUGCAGUAGCCAACGUCAGUGGCGGGGACCUUGUCUCGCGCUUGAGCGGCUGAAACAUGAUUACACUCGCUCAGCAGCUCAGAUGGAAGCUCUGGUUGCGCUAUAAAAGACGACGGCACACUCAGGGAGCGGCAGUCAGAUAACGAUGUCCCACAUCCAGCGUCCCAAAACCAUACUCUCUCGCUACGGGGGGUGGCUGCCGUCUCACCCAGCCAUCCACGAGAGCUUCUUGGACCACCACGUCGGUCACGCUCGUCGCAAAGUAGCACAAGAUGCCGACCACUCUACUGCGGCUGUUCAAGCUUUCGGCGCCGCGAUCAAGGCUGAUCCCGAGAUGGUCGCUCUGUUCGAAGACAUCUUCGACCAGGCCAGCGGAGAGAACAAGAUCACGAGCUUGGACAUGCUCCUGCAUGCAUUCGACAAUGUCGUCGAGAAGCCCCCGGCGUUCCACAUCGCAGAGGAUGACGACGGCAAUGUGAUCGGAGAGCCCGUCGGGGUUCCUCUUUACGUCCUCUUCGACCUACUGGGCAACACAACCGCCGCAUACGACUUGUUCCGCAAACCUGCGUUCAAUGUCGAGCUGAAGAAGCUUUUGGAUUCCUGGGGCGAGUUCCUCACGACGCCGGCCUCUGCCAAGUGCCUGCACGACGGACCGGAGGGCUGGUUCAGCUCGGCGGCCAUUUCCAGCAUGGAAGCCGGAGGUCGCGGACGCUUCGAGGAUACUUGGGUGUGCCCUGACCCCAGUCUUCCGAGCAAGGGCUACAAGUCGUGGGAUGAGUUCUUCAUUCGCAAAUACAUUCCCGGCACGCGCCCUCUGAUCCCAGCCAGCGACCCCGCUCGCCAGGACUUCAUUCUGUACAGCGCGUGCGAGUCCACGGUGUACCACAUCACCGACAACGUCAAGCGCCACGACCGCUUCUGGCUUAAGGCGCAGACCUACUCCAUCCAAAACAUGAUCAGAGAUCCGGAGGUAGCAGAGAUGUUGAACGGAGGGACUGUGUACCAGGCGUUCCUCAGCCCGCAGGACUACCACAGAUGGCACGCGCCCAUCUCCGGCACGAUCGUUCGUGCCGAUGUCAUUCCGGGCACGUACUACGCUGUCCUUCCCGACGAAGGAGCACCCGAGGACGAUCCCGACUUGAAGCCUGGGCAGCCCCACGGCGCGAUGAUCCGGUCGCAAGGCUGGUUGACCACCACCUCUUCUCGCGCGAUCAUCUACAUCCAGUCCGACAACCCGGACAUCGGACUUAUGGUGUUCAUUGGUGUUGGCAUGGCGGAGGUCUCCACCACCAGUAUCUCUGUCAACACGGGCGAUCGUGUCCAGGCAGGAGACGAGCUGGGCUGUUUCCGUUUCGGCGGCUCGUCCCACGCACUCAUCUUCGGUCCUCAGAUCGAUAUCAAGUGGGCGGACGGUGUUGAGGUUGACAAACACCAACUGGUGCACUCGGUCAUCGGCGAGAUCCAUCUCAAGAAUUGAAGUUGUACAAGUUGUAUCGGAAUAUUUGAAUGAACGAUCCUUGCAGACACGCUCUACAACGUCAUAAAUAUGAUUUUACAGCAGUCUUUUUAUUGUGUUACGAAUUCUUCGCUUCUUCUUCUGGUAUAUAUGCGCGCUCAGUGAGUAUAGGACCGGGGAUGGUGAUACAGAAACACAUGAACUAGGUGUGCGAGGGCUCUCUGAGAGCGAUGCGUCGUACAGGACGGCAGCGGCCAGUUCGGGAGAGUACAAACACAGAUAGUGGGAUAUGGUACGUCUUAGAGAAGAUGGAAGGUUCAGAUAGGCUUGGAACAACAGCCAUUACAAUAAAAAGAGGAAGAGGAAGAAAGAGAUAAGUAAAGAGUGGACUUCGCUGACAACGUUUCUGUCUCCUGCAGCCUAGUAUUCACUUGGGUGCCUUGGCGAUUUCACGUGCCGCUUUGAUAAGGGGAGCCAGAGUUCUCA